AUUUGCUUCUUCGUUUUCGAAUUCGCUGGACAGAUAAAAGGAAACGUUAAUCUUAAAUUCUUUCACUUCUUUUUGGUAGAAAAACCACUGACUCAGACCCUAAAUUUCUCACUCUUCUGCAACUGACAAGGGAGUAAUGGUGGAUUUCGACGAUAAAUUGGCUUACUUUCAAGCAAUUACAGGCCUUGAUGAUCCUGAUUUGUGCACUGAGAUCCUCGCUGCUCAUGGUUGGGAUCUUGAACUCGCCAUUUCGGCCUUCACCACGUCGAAUUCAGCUUCCGUGAGCAAUCCAAACAACGAUAACGACGACCAUAACAUUGCCUGGAGCAGGGGACAACCAAAUUCAGAGUCUUGGGAAGGCGUCGACCAAUCCGAAUUGACUCAGUUAGAGCGAGACCCGGUUUUAGACGUCGCUUCUCCUCCCGGUUUAGCAUGGAAACUUAUCACUCUUCCCUUCUCCGUGAUUUCGGGUAGUUUAGGGUUGAUAUCUGGGGCAAUCGGGCUCGGUAUGUGGGUUGCUGGUGGUGUUCUCUCCCACUCCCUCGGCUUGCUUGGUUUGGGUCCCGGCCGUAACGGAGAUGCAUCUUCUUCUCCUCUAGUUACCCUCUCCGCUGCUGCCUCUGAGGCUGCGUACUUCGCUGCGGGAUUCGAAAGGGAUUUUGGAAUGACUCGUCCCAAUUUCGUUGCAGAGGGGUUUAUGGAUGCGUUGCAGCGUUCUCGUCAAGAGUUUAAACUGUUAUUCGUGUACUUACACUCUCCGGAUCACCCUGAUACGCCUUUGUUUUGUGAACGGAGUUUGUGUUCCGAGGUUGUUGCGUCCUUUAUCAAUGAGAAUUUUGUAUCAUGGGGAGGGAGUAUCAGGGCGAGCGAGGGAUUUAAGAUGAGUAAUAGCCUGAAAGCAUCCAGGUUCCCUUUCUGUGCGGUAGUCAUGGCAGCCACGAAUCAGAGAAUUGCACUACUUCAGCAGAUUGAGGGUCCAAAAUCUCCUGAGCAAUUGCUCACCGUCCUUCAGAGAGUUGCUGAGGAGAGUGCUUCUGUUCUUGUCUCAGCUAGGCUUGAUGCGGAAGAAAGGAGGACCAAUGUGCGUUUGAGAGAGGAGCAAGAUGCUGCAUACAGGACAGCGCUUGAAGCCGAUCAAGCUAGAGAGCGGCAAAGGAAAGAGGAGCAAGAGCGAUUGGAGAGGGAAGCUGCAGAAACUGAGAGAAAACAGAGGGAGGAAGAAGAGGCUCGACAACGAGCAGCUCAAGAAGCUGCUGAAAAAGAAGCUGCACUAGCUAGAAGGCGGCAGGAGAAAGCUAUGUCAUUGGGUGAUGAACCUGAGAAAGGACCUGGUGUUACACAAGUUUUGGUACGAUUUCCUACUGGAGAACGGAAGGAAAGGAGGUUCUACAGCACAGCUACCAUACAGUCCCUCUAUGAUUAUGUUGAUUCUUUGGAUUGCUUGAAUGCAGAGAAUUACAGCCUAGUCUCUAACUUUCCUCGGCUUGUAUAUGGCCCAGAGAAGCACUUAAUGUCAUUGAAAGAAGCAGGGUUACAUCCUCAGGCCAGCCUUUUUGUGGAAGUGGACUCGUAAGGGAAAGCUUCUUUUUUCAAGUCUAGAUGUGACUGUUAGUAAUCUGAAAUCGGAUAAUGGACCCAGCAAUGGAAAUUUUGGGUUUUGAUUUUUAUUUUCUUCCCAGUGUAGGUGUAGUAUCAUGACAUUAUGCUCCGCAGUGUAUGAAAAUGGAUAUUUGAUGGUA